UCAUCAUCAUCAUCUUGUUUGGUUAGUUUCAUCAAUUCAAGUUAGGGGUUACAACAGUCGAACAAUAACAACAGAAAUUUUUUUUUUUUUUUUGAAUUUUGUUGUUGUGUUUGCCAUUUAUGAUGAUGAUGAUGAUGAUCGAAUGUUAUCGAAUCCUUUAUUUAUAAAUAAAAAAUACACAUCAUGUGUGUAAAUAGUAGACAAAAUUUUUUCUAAUCGAUUCUGUCUGUGUAUGUGUAUUCUGUUUAUCUAUUCUCUAUCAUAGCAAAAACAAAAACAAAACAAAAAAAUCUCCAUUAAUGUGGCCCACUGAAAAAAAAAUUCAACAUUCCGAUGAUAUCGAUAUAAUCGUCCAUCAUUAUCAUUCUGUUCAAUUUAAUAGAUUGAAAUCUUAAUCCACCGGUUCUCAUUAUUAUUAUUAGUGUGAUAAACAAAAUAUAUAUAAAAAAAUGAUGGAUGUAAAGAAAGCGGCAACAGCAGCAGCAGCAACAACAACAACAACAACAUCAUCAUCAUCACCAUCUGCCACAACCACAUCGAUUGAUGGAUCCAUCAUAUCAUUGGAUUCUUCAUCAUCGACACCGGGAUCUCCAUUUCAUCCAAUUCUAUUACAUCAAUUCCUCAAACAUCAUCAACAACAACAACAACUUCAGCAUCAACCACAGAAUUCUUUAGCCAUGGGUUCGACGACAAAUGUUAUAUCGUCUGCAACAUCACCAUCACCAUCAUCAUCAUCAUCAUCUGUAUCAUUAACCGCCGCCGGUAGUAAUGCAACAGCAGCACAAUUAUUACAAAAUUAUGCUAUGGUAGCGACAUCUGCUGCCAACGGAAUAAACUUCAAUCCUAGUAAUAUCCAAAUGGAUACUGCUGGAUUCUGGGAUUCUACUAAAGCAUCACAAUUUUUGACCGGACCAAAUGGACUUGCAUCGAUAAUGGCCAACAAUAAUGCUGCAAUAACUAAUGAUCAAACAUUUGCCAAUGCUGCCAGUCAAUUAUUGGCUACUAUUUCUGCACAAAUGGUUAAAGAAACGACUUCAUCAUCUUCAUCAUCACCGUCGAAAUUAGGCAAAAAUACAUCACAAAGAGAUGAACAACGAUUCUGUCUGAUGUGUGGACAUACAGCUCGUGAUCAAAUUGAAUAUGAACAACAUUUAUUAUCACAUUUUCAAUUACCAGAAUCGGCUGUUGGUUCCACUAAUGUUGGACAAAAAUUAUAUCCUUAUGGGUUACCAUUUUUACAGAUGCAAAAUCUACUAAACCAAAGCCAACCAUCAUCAUCAUCAUCAUCACAAUCGUCAUCACAACAAAUCAAUGGAUCCAACUCAUCAUCAUCAUCAUCAUCAUCAUCAAGUGCAAUAUUAACCACAGUACAACAACAACAAUCCACAUUAUCUGGUAGUGUAACCGAACGAACAGGAACAACAAAUACAUCACAAAUGAUGACUAAAAAACGUAAACUAUUAUCUUCACAUCAAGCUCAACAACAACAGCAACAACAACAACAACAAUCCAAUGAUCAGGAUUCAAUAACAAAUGAUCCGAUGGCCAAUGAUGAACAACAACAACAGUCCAUAACCGUUAAAGGUAGCAAUGGCCAUUCGUCAUCAUCAACAUCAUCAUUAUCAUCAACGACUACAGCAGCAUUUCCAUGUACAUCCUGUCACAAGACAUUUGCCACCGAAGUUGAUUUAAAAGCUCAUCUAAUACGACAUCUUACGCAACAUCCUUUUGUUUGUUUUGCCUGUGGUAAAGGUUUUAAAUAUGAACAUUCAUUAAAUUUUCAUAUAAAAUCAUAUCAUUCUGGUGGUGGUAGUAGUAGUAGUAGUAGUAAUGGAAACAAUACGGCCGGAUCGGAGAAUAAUUCUAAAUCGAAUUCAAAUAACGAAAACAACAACAAUACAAAUUUGAAUAAGAAAUCAUCGAAUAAAAAUGUUGAUCAUUCAGCUAGUACAAAAUGUAUGGAUAAUAAUAAUAAUAAUAAUGAUCAUCAUAAUAAUGAACAGCCAUCGCCAUCAUCAUUGAAAUCGAAACGCAAAUGUUCAUCAUCGCAAUCACAUGAAUCGCUAGUGGAAUCCAAUCAAACAUCAACAAAUAUUGGUGUUAAUAAUAAAAAGUGCAAAUCACAAAUUGACAAUAAUAAUAUUGCUGAUCAAUUGAAAUCAAUGAUAACACCGACAUUGAUUACGGAUGAAAAUCAUAAUCAAACAACGGCACGAUCAUUCAAUUGGUCACAAGCGGAUGUUUCAUUUUUUUGUAAACCACCAGCUAAUCUGGCUGCCGAUUCGCCUAUACAGAUAAGAUCGGAAAAAAUUCUUGUUUCAUUAUUGGAUGCGAUCAAUGUACAAACUGAACAGCCAUUAUUAUUCUAUAAAUGUUGUCUAUGUUCGGUGGCAUUUGCUUCGAUGGAACAGAUUACUAAUCAUGUACAACAGAUUCAUCAUAUCAUGAUGAUACCGGCAAUGAAUGGUGCUGAAUAUCUACUUACAUCAAACACAACAGGAACAAAAGAACAGCAACAAAAAGUAGCUGAAAAUGCUGCUGCUGCUGCUGCUGCUAUGGCCGCUUUGUUGGCAAAAACUACCGGCAUCGAUGGUAUAUCUGAUCCAUCGAUUGGCAUCAAACUAUCAUCACCAUCACCAUCACCAUCGCCGUCAACAUCAUCGUCGACCACCACCAUCACCACCACCACAACCACUUUACAAUGUGAUAAAUGUUUGGCUAAAUUUAAUGAUACAUUGGAAUUCGAAAUACAUUGUCAGCUACAUCGAACAUUAGAGAUGGCUGCAGCUACUGGUUCCAAUAAUCCAACAUUGGCUGCCGUUGCUGCCAAUCAACAAUAUCAACAAUUUCAAUUGUUGAAUUCACUGGUGAAUGGUAAUGCUGCUAUGGCCAAUAAUAAAUCGUCGACAACUGGUCUAUCGAUAUCGAUUCCAUCAACUAAUCAACAACAACAUCAACCAGCCGUUGUUGAUUUUCGUAAAAUUCUAGCGAAUGCAUCGAAAAACACUGAUUUUGGCCGUAAAUUUGCGGCUAGCCUAAUGGAUGGAUCUCAUCAUCACCAUCAUAUUAGUGGCCAGACAUCAUUGACCAAAGACAAAGCUCUAUUAUCGAUUGUUGGCAAUAGUGGUGAUAAUAAUUUUCCACCAUCCAUUGCGACAACUGGUGGUGGUGAUCCGAAUUGUCAUUCAAAUACACCACCACCAACGAUAAUACCAUCGAUGAUUACGGCUAUCACCUCAUCAUCGACAAAACAAUCAUCAUCCAACAAUAAUGGCUCAACAACGACAUCCUCGUCAUCGGAUAACAAUAAUAAUUCUUUGCUUUAUCUUUCGGGAAUCGUGCCUGAUAUGAUGAACCAUCAUACAUUGUUAAAUGCAGCAGCAAUUAGUGGUGGUGGUAAUAGUCCACAUCCUGUAGCCACCGCUAUGCAUCAACAUUCAAAAUCAAGUAAAAGUGGCAAAUCAUCAUCAUCAUCAACAACAACAACAACAACAACAACAUCGAUAGCAUUGUCUGAGCUGACCACGUCGACAUCAAAUGACAAAUGUUCAUCACCUAAAUCAACACGUAGUAGUAAUAAUAAGAAUCAUGGAUCUUCAUCAUCGACAUCAUCAUCAUCUUCGUCAUCGACAACAUCAUCUAGACAUAUAAAAGAACCUGUAGAUAUAUUCGAAGGUGCUGGUCAAAGUUUACCUAUACAAAAAUUUUCAUUAGGCGAUAUCGAAGAAACGGCACCCGGUCAAUUUAAAUGUCGAUUUUGUGACAAAACAUUUGAUCGUGUGUUUAGUGUACAUCGACAUGAACGUGUCCAUACUGGAUUCAAACCAUGUGUAUGUAAAACUUGUGGCCGUGGUUUUUCCGAAAAACGUAAUCUUCGCCAUCAUAUUAUACGUUUUCAUUCCGAUGGUAGUGGACGUGAAUUAUUGAAAAGAAAACGAAAACCUAAAAAUGGUAUAAACAGUGUAGAUAAUUCAUCGGAUACGACAAUCAUGCAGAUGAUGCAACAGCAGCAACAAUCACCAUUGUUGGCCACCAAUACGAAUGCCAAUGAUAAAUUGACAGCUUCAUCUCAGGCAUCAUCAUUCAUGUCAUCAUUAUUAUCAUCGGCUGCUUUGGCUGCAUUUCAAUUCAAUAGUCCAACGACGACAACAACAACAACAACAACAACUACUGCCGCUGCCGCUGGUGAUUCAUUAACCAACAACGAUACAAAUACAAAUGGAAGUCUUUCAAAUUUAAAAUUAUCAAUAGCCGAAUUAAAUAGAUUGAAUUCAUCAACGAAAUUAUUAACAACAAAAAAUCGUCGCUCAAAUAAAUCUAAACAUAAUGAAUAUGAUAAUGUCAUUGAUGAUGAUGAUGAUAAUGAUGAUGGUGGUGGUGGCGAUGAAACAACAAGUUCGAGCUUAAAUCUAUCAAAUAAUCAUCAAAUAAAUGAAUCGAUUCUUAAUCUAUCACAAUCAUCAACAUCGACAAUGGCUGCUGUAACAUCAUUAUCGAAUAAAACACUAUCCCAAUCAAUCACUGUUGGAUCAUCUCGACGACGUAAAAGUGUUAAACCAUCACGUAAGGUUGUCCCACAAGAUGAUGAUGAUGAUGAUGAUGAUGGUGAUGAUAAAAAUCAAACGAAACAAAAUGAUGAACAGAUGAAACAAGAGGAAGCAACUAGCCAACCAUUACAGGAUGAUGGAGAAGAAACUGAACCGGAGGAUGAAACAGCUACCAUCAUUGAUCAGUCUGCUAAAGACAAUGUAAAAGUGGAAACAAAAGAUAAUGAAAUGAAUUCUGAAGAUACCGAACCAGAAGAAGAUGAAGACAACAAUGAACAACAAGAUGAUGAAGAUAAACAAAUGAAAAAUCUCAAUGAUAAUGAACCACGAAAAUCAAACAAUAAAUCUUCAAGAUGGUCAAAAAAACCUCAAUCCAAAUCGAAUAAUCGUAAUGGUGGUAAUAAUAAUAGGACAAAUAAUCAUCGUUCGAAUAGCAGUGGACGUCAUCGUUCAUCACCAUCAAAUUCCUUUUCUUCAUUUUCUUCAUCAUUAUCCUCCUCAUAAUAAUAUGGAUAUCAAUGGUCAUGGUGUGUUGGUCAACCUAUAGAUACACCUGGAGAUUAAUUAUAAUAAGAAAAGAAAAUUACAAACAUGGAAAUUUCUUUUAUUUCAUUUCAAUUUUUUUGUUUAUUUGUUUUUGUGAUAUAAAUCAAUUUCUUGCACAUGAUGUGUGUGCAUCAUCAUCAUCAUAAUUAUUAUAUAAGAUAAGAUUACAUAAUGAAUUA